GUAAACGUGAACGUGAACGGGAACGUGCUGGGCUUAGCGAGCGGAGAAAAGCUGUCCCCUUCUCUCUCUCUCUCAGUGCUCUUAUAUUUGCCCCAAAACCAAAACCGAAACCACCGUCGCCUCAGAUUUAUUAUUGUUAUUAGAUUUUUAGAUCCAAGAUUUGCAUCAUUUCCACCCAGCAAGGAAGCAGGGAGUCGAGUCGGCAACAAUGGCUUCCGAGAACGAGGGGCCCAGAUCCGGAUCAGCCACUAACGGCGGCGACGCGGCGGCACCACCCAAGCGGAAGAUUGCCCUGAUCACCGGCAUCACCGGCCAGGACGGAUCCUACCUCACCGAAUUCCUCCUCAACAAGGAGUACGAAGUCCACGGCCUGAUCAGACGGUCGUCCAACUUCAACACCCACAGGAUCAACCACAUCUACAUCGAUCCGCACAAUGCCCACAAGGCCCGGAUGAAGCUCCACUACGCCGAUCUCAGCGACGCCUCCUCGCUCCGCCGCUGGAUCGACACCAUCCUCCCCGAUGAAGUCUACAACCUCGCCGCUCAGUCGCACGUCGCCGUCUCUUUCGAGAUCCCUGACUACACCGCCGAUGUUGUCGCCACCGGCGCCCUCCGCCUCCUGGAGGCCGUCCGGUCGCACAUCGCCGCUACCGGCCGGAGCCACAUCCGGUACUACCAAGCGGGAUCCUCCGAAAUGUUCGGGUCCACGCCGCCUCCACAGUCCGAAACCUCCCCAUUCCACCCCAGAUCUCCCUACGCCGCCUCCAAAUGCGCCGCCCACUGGUACACGGUCAAUUACCGCGAAGCCUAUGGCCUCUUCGCCUGCAACGGCAUUCUCUUCAACCACGAGUCUCCCCGCCGGGGCGAGAACUUCGUGACCCGCAAGAUCACUCGGGCCGUGGGCCGGAUCAAAAUCGGGCUCCAGAGGAAAUUGUUCUUGGGGAACUUGCAGGCGUCGAGGGACUGGGGUUUCGCCGGCGACUACGUGGAGGCGAUGUGGAUGAUGCUGCAGCAGGAGAAGGCGGACGACUAUGUGGUGGCUACGGAGGAAUCGCACACGGUGGAGGAGUUCCUGGAGGUCGCUUUCGGGUACGUUGGGUUGAAUUGGAAGGACCAUGUGGAGAUCGACAAGAGGUAUUUCCGGCCGGCGGAAGUGGAUAACCUGAAGGGCGACGCUAGCAAGGCGAAGACCGUGCUUGGGUGGAAGCCCAAGGUCGGGUUUGAGCAGCUGGUGAAGAUGAUGGUUGAUGAGGACAUUGAAUUGGCCAAGCGAGAGAAAGUGCUGGUUGACGCUGGCUACAUGGAUGCUCAGCAACAGCCUUAAUUAGAUUCGAUGCCAGCAGCCAUUUGUCUUCUCCAGUUAUGGUUGAAUUCAAUUGGAAGUUCCAGGGAUAGUAUAGAUGUCGAUCGCCUUCAAAUGUGGGUUCUGUUGUUUUUGAGUCUUCAAAUCUUCUUGCUCUUUUCAUCUUCUUCUUUUCGAGAUCUCCCAAGUGUUUUGGUUUUGUGGAUUGUUUCAUCGUUAGGCCUACUGAUUCAAUAUGAGGAAGUUUACAAAGUUUCAAUAUC